GCCCUAGCGUCGCGAUCACCCUCCGACUCGAUUCGGUCGUUGUUUGCUGCCUCCAUAUCGCUCUUGGCCGCGUGGCGAAGACGAUCGUGUAUCCCUUAUUUCGUUUAAUUCAACGACUCGUGAAUUCUCCUCCAUUUUCAUGAAAAUCUUGGCGAAAACCGAGGGCAUUACUCGAGCAAUAUAAUCAAGAAAGUAUCCGUUUUCGAAUCGACGGAUCGAUCGUACAGUAAAAUAUAUAUCACGUAUACAUGAGAGAGGCAGAAAAGGAGGAAGAAGUCGGAGACUGAAUAAAGAAGCAGUGUGCCAUUCUGUUCCCAUGAACCUGUCGUUCGAGCAGUGAGGGGAAGUUCUGGUGGUGGUGGUGGUGGUGGUUGCGGUAAAACGUGUCCACGAACCUUCCUCUCCUUCUUCGCUCCCUCCACGAGCCGGUACAACAAGACGUUGACGACCAGGGUGAAUAAAAGAGCCGUCUAUAUACCGCCCUAAGUUCAUUCUCGUCCAACAUCUGGCAAUUUUCGAUUUUUCUAAAUCUAGUUGCUUUCCUACUUUCCUCUGGCUGCCCGUGGAAAGGUGGAACGUGCGGAGGUAUGCGCGUGCUAUCGAUCACACGGGCCGAUCGCGCGGAUAUGUGAUACCGGAAGUAGGUACGGCAGGCUUGACCUGCGUGCAGGUGCUCCACGGUGCGUACCACGUAUGCGUACAUACAUAGGGGUGAGCAACGACAGAGAAGAGAAGGGUGAGCGAGAAGAGGCCGCGUGUCAGGGCCAGUCGUGAAGAUGCACGCCACCGACGCCGUCGCCGCGACGGCGUCCCUGCCGUCAUCCACGUCCUGCGUGACCGCCUCGAGGAAGCCUGGCUAUGCGGUCAACCUCGUCCUCGUCCUGUUCGUCUCCUGCUGGAUCGUGCAGGAUCGAAUGGUCUUCGGCAUGUCCGAACCACCCGAACUUACCACGAUCGAGGAUUUAACCGGCAGAGGGACGAAAAAAUUCGGCGACCAUUGCAUGGAGGAUCUCGAAUGUGGUUUUGCCGGCUCUUACUGCGAACCAAAGAAGAACAAAUGCACGUGCAGGGAAGAAUUCGAGGCAACGAAUCAUAUCGACAAAUGUGGACACCCGGUGAACGUGAACGAGUCGUGCUUCUUCCACGAGCAAUGCGAAGCGAGAGUGAUACAAACGGAGUGCAGAGACGGACGUUGCAUUUGCAUCUUCGAGAAGAUCCCGGUUACCCAAUCUGAUGGCUCGAUUGUGUGCGUCGCCGAGCAGGUAGAGGAACCCAAUCUCCAAUAUAUCGAUCCGACGAUGAUCGGUGUUCUCGUUGGUAUGGCCCUCAUGUUCAUCAUCAUCUGCGUCGUCCUUAGGCUUUUCAGCAAGGCUCGCUGGCGUGAGAACCGUACCAUCUUCAAUACACCGAACGCCCGUCUGAUGAACGUGUCGUUACUGAGGGAGAACAAGCUCCUGCACGCGCAGGAGAGACGCGGUUCAAGGGCGAGCGUACGGGCACCCUCGAGGCAACCCUCGCUGGCCUCCUUACACGCCCACUCGCCGAACGCCUCGCAAGCUUUUCGUGUCAUGUCAGAGGCAUGCGGUCGCGACAAAGCACGCGAUACUUUAGCAAGAAAAUCUCUGUCACCAGGUUCACGAACAGGAUCACGACGUGGAAGUCGCAGCAGUAGUGGAAACGCGUCGGCCGUCUCGACGAAAUCGAACAAGUCCCCACCGAAUCAACCGAACAACAUGACGGAAACCGUAUUGGAAAACGUCACCGUAGAAAUUCUCGAUGCCAAGACGUAGAUCCGCUGGAGAACGGAAACACAGCCCUCACGAUCAUCGUUGCCACGCCAUUUUCCUUCCAACGACGAUCGCGAGGUCGCCCGCAAUGAAAAGAUCGUCUUCGAAGCGACUUAAGCAAUCUCUUUUUCAGAACGUACAAAACUGUUAUCCUAUUCACAUUUCUAAAAUCUAUUUUCUAUUUCCUCCUUUUUAUUCGACACGAAAAGAUUCGCUCGUUUGCGUCUUACGUCUGCUGCUUUGGUACAAAAUUGUAGAAUUAUUUAUUAACGUGCGUUUGCAUACUAGACAUUCGUUGUUAUUAUCGAUCAUGAAACAAAGUUCAAAGGUAAUAUCAAAGUUAUGUAUAAUUUGAGAAAUCCAGAGAAUGUGGGAAACAAUAUUGCGAUUUUUACUAAUUGCGAGAUAAUCAUUGUUUAAUUUCGGUUUGAGAAUGAUCGAGUUUGUAUUUGCGAUUUUGAUAAAGCUAGACAAACGUAACACUUAUGGUACCGUUAAAAAGGGUUCAACGUUCGAAACAUUUUGCAUAAGGAAACGCGGAUAAUCGCGUCGAAUUCGCCGUAGAAUCUUAUCGAGAAUCUUAUCGAGACGCGUUUGAAAUACCGCGAGCAAAUUCUCGCAAAUAAAUUCUCAUAGGUCGUUGAGAUUUUGUUGCAUUUAAGAAAGAAGGCAGGAAAUUUAGGGAAGAAGCAUAAUUCUUUUCUACGAGUAAAGAGGGAAGCUUAGCCUCGCGAUUCGUGAUUCUAUUCGUGAGACGAAGCUUCCUCGUUUUCGGUCUAUUCGUUUGCUAUUGGUUCGAGUUACAGACGGGUCAACGAAAUCUGAAGACGGAACAUAGCAAAGACGAUGGAAAUAUCGUGUUUCCACGUUACUCGUCCGGGAAAUACGGAGCUUUGCGUCGAUUUGCGAUGUUUUUCGAUGUUUGGACCAAACGAAAACGUACGUUUCGCCAUUAAUAUGGUCACUUAUGCUAAAAGGAUUCAUCGCUUUCAAGCUAAACACUCUCUAGCCGAUAGAAACGAAUUCGUAUUUUAUAAACGAUACUGUCGAAUCUAGUAACACUCGACGCGUUGAUCGAUCUUUCUAACAAAGUUGUAAACGCCAACUAUCGUUUUAGACGAACGCUUAAAAAAAAACGGCGAUCCAUCGACGAUCGCGGAACAACAAUCAGCCAAAGUCGAUACAGGUCGGCUCGUCCGUGAGAGAUAAUCUUCGUAUCCAUCGCGUUCUGUCUUUUAUCUCUACUAUCUUAUUGUAUUGUGUAUUUUUAAUAUUACACCAGCGUACAAAGUACUCGAUUUUUUCAACGUGAAAUGUAACCUUACGCCAUAUGCUCACACACACACACACACACACAUACACACACACAUUGACUCUACGUUUUACGAUCCACAACGGAUAGUUUCUCCAGUAAUCGAAAUCUUAAUUAGAGCUAAAAGAUGGAACUCCGGUGUGGUAGUAGCUGCGCUUUAUCGUGUGUAGGUAUUUCAAAUCGUCAGCUGGUCUGAUACAAAAUCGAUACGUGUUAUUAUCGUACGAAGGAAUCGAGGAAGUGUCUGCUGCGGGAAACGCGAGAUUAUUAUCGAUGACAAGAGGAUCGCCUGUGGAUGACUUCCUGGCAGAUCCUUUCUGUGAAUUACGUAUUCCCAACACAAGAUAUCGACUGACGAAGUACCGAUCGUUCAUGCCAGAAGAAAGAUAGCAAUCUCUUCUGGUUUUUCUUUUCGAGAAGCCAACACGAAUGGGACCAGACGAAAAGUGUUUGAACCGACAUCGUGGGGGUAACGCUACGCAUACUUUCUUAUAUACAUAGCGUAGCGAACCAAUUAAGCCGCGUGAUAUUUAAGCAUACCAUCGAGCAGAAAUGUAUCUGUUCCUUGAUAAACGUGUUUAAAGUAAGGAUUAACAAGAAAUCGUGCGCGAUCAUGUUCGUUACGCGUAACAGGAAACGAAGAUAACGGUACUUACAUGUACGUAUUAUAUACAUGGGGGUUACACGUAAGCUCGGCACGGUCGUUUCUCAUCACCGUGAGAUUCGUAGGCGUUACACCCGUUCACCCACGAUCGAUUGUUCGUCCGACUUAUCCUCAUCCCUUAUCGCUUCUUAUCGAGUGCUCCAUACUUUCACAUGCUUCUGAACUUUGCGAACGUGUCUUGCUCGAUCCAUUCUAUAGCCGCCUGCCUCGUAAGACAAGCUCUAUUCGUUGCUCGAGAAAGAAUAUUCGUCAAAAAUGAUAGUAAAAGAACGGUUCGCGUGUUAAAAAAAUUUGAAAGGAUUAAUUUUUUCGCGUCGACUGUUAGUAAGUUUACUAUAAGAACAAAGAGAUUGAAAAAGAAUAGAACGGACGAAAUCACCUCGAGAGGCUUCACCUUAGAUAGAACACGACCAAACACAAAUUGUAUGCGUUUACACGACUGUAUUAGUUUAUUAUUAAUUGCACCAAACCUCAUUAUCGAAAGCUAACGUCGAUUCACGAUGAUACUUUAUACACGUACAGACACGCUAUAUCGAUAUAUCUACACACAUUGAAAUCAUCUUUUUUUCUUCCCGAGUAAGUAAUGAGAAUCAUCGAUAGUCCGGUACGAUUGUAUCUCAACAAUUUAGUGCCUGCGCUCUCGCGUACAUAGUACAUAUUUACAUAUAAAAAACAGAUGAGAUUAAUUAAAUAAAUGAAUAAAUAUAUAUAAAUCUAUAUAUAUAUAUAUAUAUAUAUACCAAUAUAAAAGAAGAAGAAAAUUAUAUAUACAUAUAUAAUACUAGGCUUGGCACUAUUUGCACUAUUUGUAGAUUAAUUUUUUGAAUGCCUAGCGACUGUAUCCACUCUGUGAUCUAUGUGCAACGUAUAGCUAACAGAUUCUUCUUGCUAUCGUCAUUGUUAUAUUAUUGUUAAUUAUUAUGAUUAUCAUUAUUCUUAACAUUUACAGAAGAUAAUUCAUAGAUAUUAUAUAAUAUCGUGUAAGCUCGACUCGCUUAGUUAUUAUCGAUCCCGCACCUAAAAUGUACUCUUGUCUUCUGCACACAUAACGUUCAAUUUGUAUAGCAUCCUCGCCGUAAAAGUAUCAACUAAAUUUAGGGAUGUCUUUUUAACGAUUAACGCUAUCUUAAAUCGAUCAUUUAACGAUCAUCGAUAAUGAUAACCGAGAUUGCGCGAUUUAAGCGAUAAUUGAAUUAAUGAGCGUAUGUGAUAUUCGUGGGGGAUUUAGAAUGGAAUAUAAAAGUUUAAAAACAAAAUUAAAAAAAAAAUGACAAAAAUAUGAGAAAAAAAUGUGUAAAAAAAGCAGACAAAAUAAGAAAGAAUGCAGCUGCGUUUUGUGAACAAGAGAGACGAGCAAAUGUUUAUUAGAUAAGGAUUUAAGAGGAUAACGAGGAGGGAUCGAUCUGAUCCGCAAACGAAAUUCGGGGAAGGUUUCAGUUUUCGGAUAGAACGUGCCCUCCACUGUUCCAUAUCUAAUUAAGUAACCGAGACUCGAUAUAUCGCGUUCUUUGUAUCUCGACGAAAUGUCCAUUGAAACAAUCUUCGAUUUAUAAUACAGCUCUGUGGAAAGUAAUCGUUCGCUUGUAAGAAUAUCUCUAGUAUAAUAAUUAACGCGAUUUAGAGCAGUAUCGAUUAAGAUGCUUUUCUCGAGUCGUUAGUUUCCCUCCGCUUUUAUGGUAACGAAAACAAAACAAAGGAAAAUUAACGAAGAGACAAGCAGUGUGCCUCGUCUUUAUCACACAAAGACACUCGCUCACUUUUGUAAAAUCUCUUGUAUCGUAAAACCAUGGAAUAUCCCGCUCUUCAUCGCGCCCUCCGAUCCAGAGAAACGUUUCCUACAUAGGAAGAGUAAACAAUUUUGCUCUGUUUCUCAUAUAAUCGUCGAUAACGAUCCAAGAUAUGGAAACUUACGACUAAUUAACGUCUUAUCCUUCUUUUCUCGUUAAAUUCUCUUCUUCCUUCGUAUUCUCCUUCCGAAUACCUAACGAUCAAUCAAAUCGUUGAUUCGUCUCGAUUCAUUUAUCACAGCCGAUCGUUUCGAUCUAUUCCAACAAGAAAUCUUCGUUCCUUUGAGAAACAUACAUUCGUGAUUCGACUAUAUUCGCGAAACGACUAUAUAAGGAACUUCGAAUCAGGGACAUCAAACUUAAGGAUACAGAGGAAGAGAAACCAGAAUCGUUCGGUAAAUUGUCCAGUACCAUCGAUCACAUAGGACAGCAAGUCCGUACUUCUUGUAAAGAAGGUCACUUAAGAAUCCUCUUGUGAUCCUGGAUCGAUUUUUAAUAAUAGAAUCGUCUGAGAGAUCAAGGCAAGCUGUUGUUCCCUGAACUGUCACAGUUUAUAGAUACACGAUACUGUAGAAGAACGUGAAGAUAGAAGAACGAUACUGUAAUCCAAAUAUGGGGAAGUGUUUGGAUUACUUCUCGUUCUCGUGGGACUACGUUGUUCCGAAAAUAUCGGUUUUUCAUGCCCAAACGAACUCUCUGUGACGAUACCAACUACAUAAGUACUUGUAUAUGUACUCAUCACUAUUCAAGUAAAUCAUCUUAUAAAGUUCAACCAGUGACCACUUUUGAUAUCUUUGUGGAUAACUCGAUCGACGACGCUAUUUUCUUUCGCGUUCGUCGUGUUCAAUAGAAACUAACAGAACACUUCGAUAAACCGGAAGACGCAACAAGAAACCGACAAUUCUUACUGACAACGAUGGAACAUCCCUAAAUCAAAAAAUUAGACAAUACCUUUGUCGAUACUGAAUCCGAAUCAAAUUGAUCAGAGAUGAAAAGGUCGAAAUGAAAGAUCGUCGGUCCGCGAGGAACUAUCUUCGUCAGUGCUUUGUCGAAAUACAAUAUACAUGCAUAUAUAAUAAAUAUAUAAAACGUCCUUAGGAAACGAUCUUUCAACCGAGACUUUCGUGAUUUUGUAAGAAUUUCUUGUUACACAGCCUUGCCUGCGUAACCCUUUCGUAUCCAACACAAUUUAUCCGAUUGUAUUAUAAACGAUCGUUCAAUGAAUAUCGUUAAGGUCCAGUAUUCAUUUCUUCUGAACAUUAGUAAUAUUAUUGUAACGAAUUAAUGUAAUCACCAGCACCGCCUGCUUUUAAGGGACUACGUAGCGUGUACGCACGUUUGAGCUUCUGUAGAAUUACAUAUAUUAAGGAUAAGCUUAGAAGUUUCGUCUGAUCGCAUUUUGUGCUUAAAUUCAAUGAUCCGUCUCUUAAUGUUCGAUUACUAUGAUCGUUGGACGGUUCGCGAUGAAGAAAUGUUGUGAUUCGACUUAGAGUAAAUAACGUAAAAAAAAAAAGAAAAA